UACAUACUUUCUCGGUUUCGUUUCUCUGACAGCUGUCUGAGCAUUGAUUAACCUUUUGACUCCGUGUCAUUCGAAUGCGAGAUACUUUAUUGUGCACAACCUUAAGGUACAUGUACAGCUUAAAAGGUCUAUCGUGUACAGAAAUUAUAUAAUCAUCAAACGAGUCCAGUUAUCACAGAUGCAAAACACGACACGUUAAUAGCGGAGGAUAAGGCGAAUAACAUCGACGACUAUUAUCGAGCUCUCAACUCUCAAUUCAGAUAUAUAGGGUGUCCUAAAAUUCACUUAAAUAAUUGUGAUAGAAAACACAAGUUUUUUGAAACACAGGUUUCAAGAUCAAAAUUCAUUAUUAUCUUGGAUUAGCCAAUUUUAAACACUGUUAUUAACCCUGACAAAUUUCCACCAGCUCCUAUAGAUAGGAACAGCAGAGAUUCUAUCAAAGGCUCAGCACCAUGAAAACGAAUGAAGAAUAUCUAAUCCAAGUAUAGAAAUCUGAGCAGAAAUUUGAACGAUGUUUACAACUUGUCAGAACUGAGCUGCAAUCACUUACCCCCUCCACUUCACUUAACCUCUACAUCAAUUUCUUCUGAAGCCACGUACACAAAGCCGUCGAUUACGUUAGCCAGAUACCCUAAAACGCGUACUCGGAAUCGAGAUCACGAACAGAACAAAAGGAUCAACGAGGUAUAAAGGAAAAAAGGGAGUUAUGGAAAUCGCCCUAACACGCUCGGUAUAUCCUUCGCUUGCAAAAUUUAAUGCCACUGAUUAUCGCAUCGAGGUUUGCUUUAUCCAUGGAUUGCACGGUGGUCUCGGAAUUUUGGAUGCUUCUUGCAUACAGUCGUUUGAUAACGUAUUAUUAAUAAACGCGAUACGCAGAGAUAAUGUUGCAGACGGAAAGCGAGGAAUGAUAGAGGAUUUUCUUUAUUCUUUUUUUUUGCUAUUGGUCAGUCAAGGCAUAGUAUUUGUAAUGAAAACGGGUUUUUUUUAUGAUUUCAGAGCUAUUUUAACGUUGCCUUACUUUCACUUCGAGUUAUUUAAGGAGAUCAGUGUUCAAUCGCUAUGGAGUGAUUAGGUUAUGAAGAAAUAUAUUUAAUGGAGUCAUGUAGACAUAGGAAUAAUCUGAGAGUGGAAAAGGGAAGGACGGUGAAUUGAGUAUGAUCUUAUACUUACUGGGUAUCACCUUGAGUAUACAAAGUGGAACGUUAACAAUUUUUAAA